AUGGACCGCCUCAGGAAGCUCUUCACAAGCGAGGAGCAGCAGUACGAGGCUCUGGAGAACAGCGAGACGGAAAGAGAUGGACCCACAACACGGAAGCAGUCUGGUACGCGAUACGUCGAAUAUGGCAUCUUUCUGUUGCUCGGCAUAUCGAUGCUCUGGGCUUGGAACAUGUUCCUGGCAGCAGGACCAUAUUUCCAACACCGCUUUCGUGGCAACCAGUGGAUCUUCGACCAUUUCCAAGCCGCAGAGAUUACAGUCUCGACAGUGACCAGCUUGAGCACCAUGCUUGUCCUCACGAGACUUCAGGCCAACGCUUCGUACCCCAAGCGCAUAGUCGUUUCUCUGGUCAUGAACAUGGCGUUGUUCGCACUCCUUGCUGCUUCAACAGCCAUCGAUACCUCCGCGGAGGUUUACUUUGGCUUCUUGAUGAUAACAAUAUUCAGCACUAGCGUAGCCACRGGACUGUGCCAGAACGGCGUAUUCGCGUACGUAUCGGGAUUCGGAGAACCAAAGUUCACGCAAGGCAUCAUGACCGGACAAGCUGUUGCUGGAGUUCUACCUUGUAUUGCUCAAAUUCUGUCGGUGCUGUCAAUUCGAAGCGGCGGCGACAACUCCUCGACAGAUGGACCGGCGCCACCAGGGCCACCUCUCGUCCAGUGGACUGCGGCCUUGUCGUAUUUCUUGACUGCCACCAUCAUCUCCACGAUCACACUACUUGCAUUCGGGUACCUUCUGGCUCGCAAUCAGAAGUCCGUGAGAUUGGAAGACAGUAUCCCUAGCCUUGCAGGUGAGAGGCAAGACCGCAAGUCCAUACCCUUGCUUCACCUUCUCAGGAAGCUCAUAUGGCUUUCUGGUGGAGUCUUUGUAACCUUUGCCGUCACAAUGGUCUUUCCAGUCUUCACCCAACGUAUCUUAUCCGUUAGGCCACCAGCUGAGCAGCCGCCAAUCUUGCAACCUCCGAGCUUCAUCCCACUAGCGCUACUCUUCUGGAAUAUUGGCGACUUGACAGGACGUUUGAUCACAGCAAUACCAUCCUUAUCGUUAGUUCUUCGUCCGCGGGUGGUGUUCACGCUUGCGGUGGCGCGAAUUGUAUUUGUGGGACUGUACCACCUUUGCAACCUCCGUGGCGAAGGCGCGAUAGUCAACAGCGACUUCUUCUAUCUAGUCAUCGUACAACUCCUUUUCGGACUAUCCAAUGGGUACAUUGGAAGUACAUGCAUGAUUGGUGCGGGAGUCUGGGUUGACGAAGAGGAGCGUGAGGCUGCUGGCGGCUUCAUGGGACUUUGCUUGGUUAGCGGUCUCACUUUCGGUAGUGUCUUAAGCUUCUUUAUCACUUGA